CUGGUGGCAGGAAGUGUCGUCAUGGCUUUUGAGGAGGUUUGUCCGGAGCGCAUUGAACUCAUUCACAAGAACUACAGGAAGCUGUGCAACCUCUUGAUUGAUGUGGAGGAGUGGGGCCAGGUGGUCAUUAUCAACAUGUUGACCCGCUAUGCCAGAACCCAGUUUCUCAACCCAAAUAUCAACGAGUCCCUGCUUGAGGAGGGGAGUGGCGGAGAAAAGAUGUUUUAUGGAUCUGAUGAAGAUGAGGAUGAAGACGAGAAGGAGAAGAAGGCUGAGGCAGCUGCCAUAGCCAAGAGGAAACCAUAUGUGAUGGAUCCAGACCACCGUCUGCUGCUGAGGAACACAAAGCCGCUCCUACAGAGCCGCAACGCAGCUGUGGUGAUGGCUGUGGCUCAGUUGUAUUUCCACCUUGCCCCUAAAGCAGAGGUUGGUGUAAUUGCCAAAGCCUUGGUUCGUCUCCUUAGGAGUCACAGUGAAGUCCAGUUUGUCGUUCUUCAAAAUGUGGCAACGAUGACGAUUAAAAGACGGGGCAUGUUUGAACCAUAUUUGAAGAGCUUCUACAUUCGUUCCACAGACCCAACUCAGAUCAAAGUUCUCAAGCUGGAGGUUCUUACCAAUUUGGCCAAUGAGACAAACAUUUCCACCAUUCUCAGAGAAUUUCAGACCUAUGUGAAGAGCCAGGACAAGGCAUUUGCUGCUGCCACCAUCCAGGCCAUCGGCAGGUGUGCCACCAACAUCUCAGAGGUGACAGACACCUGUCUGAAUGGCCUGGUCUUGCUGCUUUCCAACAGAGAUGAGACGGUCGUUGCUGAAAGUGUGGUGGUCAUCAAGAAGCUGCUGCAGAUGCAACCAGAGAAGCACAGUGACAUCAUCAAACACAUGGCCAAGCUCUUCGACAACAUCACGGUUCCCAUGGCUCGGGCCAGCAUCCUUUGGCUAAUUGGAGAGUACUGUGAGAGGGUGCCAAAGAUUGCACCAGAUUUACUCCGUAAAAUGGCCAAAACCUUCACAGCUGAGGAGGAUAUCGUCAAGCUUCAGACAGUCAACUUAGCAGCCAAACUGUAUCUGACCAACUCUAAACAGACCAAGCUUUUGACACAAUACAUUCUGAAUCUGGGUAAAUACGACCAGAACUAUGACAUUAGAGACCGAACGCGCUUUAUAAGGCAGCUGAUUGUGCCCAAUGAGAAGAGCGGCGCCCUCAGCAAGUACGCCCGACGCAUCUUACUGGCUGCUAAACCAGCUCCAGUUCUUGAGUCUGCUUUCAAAGAUCGAGACCGUUUCCAGCUGGGAACCCUGUCCCACAGUCUCAACAUUAAAGCUUCUGGAUACCAGGAGCUGUCCGAUUGGCCAGCUGUAGCGCCUGAUCCAACUGUGAGGAAUGUGGAGGUCAUUGACCCGGUGAAAGAGUGGGCACCGUCCCUCGGGAAGGCCAAGCAGCCCAAAUCUGAUGACAAGUUCUACUCUGAUGAGGAGGAGAAAGGAGAGGAAGGCUCUGACAGCAGUAGCAGUGAAGACAGUAGCAGCAGCACUGAAGAGUCCGGCAGUGAAAGUGAGAAGGAGAGCAACGAAGAGUCAGAAAAGACCUCCACUGAUUCUGGAAAGAGUUCCAGUGACUCUGAACGCAGCUCCAGUGAAUCUGAAGCAGAACAAAAAAAAAAGAAAAACACCAAGAAGAAAAACAAACCAGCUGCUGCUGACAGUGACUCAGUUGAAUCUGAGGCCAAAUAUAGCAGCUCAUCAACUGAAAGCUCCUCAGAAUCAAACUCUGAGAGUGACUCCGACUCUCCAGCUCAGCAGAAGAUCUCUGUGAAGGCCAAACCCAAGGUGGAGCUGAAGGCCAAGAAGGAAGUCUCUUUAUUGGACCUGGAUGACUUUUCUCCUGCACCGACGAACGCACCAAAGCCUUCAGUCAUCUCUUCAAGCCUUCUGUCUGACCUCAAAGGCCUUUCUCUGUCCAAUGUGUCACCCACCUUACAGAUUACCACUUCAUCUUUUGGCCCUGAGAAAACCCACGAGCUGCUUCAUCACAUGACAGGAAAAGGACUGUCAGCCAAGUACCAUUUCCCCAGGCAGCCGUGUUUAUACCAGCCUCAAAUGGUUGCAGUGCAGCUCAUACUGACCAACACCUUGGACCACAGCUUGGAAGAGAUCCACGUAGGAGACCGAAGCCCAGCCAGCCUCAGCAUCCACUGCUUUAACACGAUUGAGCGGUUGGAGCCGGGGGCAUCUGUGACCGUGUCCAUGGGUAUUGACUUCAGCGACUCAACACAAGCAGCAAACUUCCACUUAUGUACAAAGGAGGACCAGUUCAGUGUGUCCAUCCAGCCCGCUGUAGGAGAGCUGCUGAUGCCCAGUACCAUGACAGAACCAGACUUCUGCAAGGAGCAAAAAAAGCUCCAGGGCAUGAAUGAGACCUCUGCAACCAUCAUUAUGGCAACGGCCAACGCCUCUAUCCAAACCAUCAGCAAGCAAGUUCUGUCUGUGGCCAAUGUGGGAGUGGUUUCAUCCAGCAACAACUUUCACAGGUUUGCUGGACGUACAAUCAGCAGUGGAGACCUGGUCCUGGUCUCACUGGAGCCCAAGGAGUCCUCCACUGCGCUGCUCACCAUCAACACAGAGAAGAGCGUCGUAGCGUCCAUGUUGCUCCGAGAUCUGAAGCAAGCCCUCGCCCAGGCAUAGAUCCUCCUCCGCUGAGUAAUUCUUAGCUAAAGAUUUCAUAGUUUUUAUUCUUAUAUUUCAGGACAAAUCUGGUGAUUUUUGUUAGUACUUGGUACCUUUAUUCAGAAUAAUUUUACAGGUUGAAGUUGUUUGAGUAAAUGAGAUCAGCAGCCUGCAGAUGUUUGUCCUGAAGCAUCAGAAUCGACUCAUCAGUGUUGUUAAUCCUCUUUAUGACGUGAGAAAAGCUCCAGUCAGGUUUCUAAUGUGGCACUGGGCUCAUUGGGUUUACCACGACACAUUCCCCACCUCUGAUCCUAUCAUCAAAACAAACUCAUGACUGUUCUCAUUUUAUCUGGACAGUAUGAAUGAUGGAAGAGCACCAAAAACCACAGAAUUACAGCAAAACAUGGAAGGUAGAAAUUUAGUCAAAUGUGAAAAUCAAAACAAAAUGUGGAAAUGUCAAAAAUAAAAUGACUUCAAAAUGUU